AAAUAAGAUCACCCAGUUAAACUUGCGUUCAUAUCAAAUCUGCAAAGCCAUUCGACUCGUUCGCUUUAUUUCGAUUGAAUCGGUGCGAUUGCAACGGCGUUUAGUGCCUUCGGCGUUUAUUUUUUUUGUCUAUACGAAUUUUUUGUAUUGUGAAACUUUGUUUUAAAAGUGAUUUUUCGUUUUCUACAACAAAAUUUGGAAAUUCGUCCUCAAUCAUUAAAUUAACAAAACAAAAAAAAAUGUUCUCAAAAAUCCCAGUCAUGAAAGUCCUUGUUUUACUUUGUUUUAUUGCUGCGACUAGCGCAGCGCCGAUUUUCUUUGGCCAUCCAAAGCAAACGCAAAUUUUUAUAACUCCUCGAAAGGAUACCGUAUCGUCGACGGUCAACCAAAUCCCAGCCACAUUGGUCAAAGCAAGACCAGCUCUUAAAUUGAAUGUGCCCGUACAUGUGCCACCAAUGCCUGUACAGGUGCCGGUUAUUGGCCAAGUAAACGUUCCACAAGCCAAUACACACGUAUCAACACCGCACGAAAUGAACAAAUUAUUUAACGAAAUGAAAAACAGCAAAAAACCAUUUAUGACCAUUACAAUGAAAGCACCAGCCAAAUCAUCGUCAUUGUUCCCCGAUCCAUUUAGUCUAUUCGAAGAAAACAAUGAACAUAUUGUCGUCCAUGUGCCAUACAAUGUGCAUACACAUAACAUACAUCACCAUCACAUUCAAACCGUGCCUAUCUAUAAGCAUGUACCAGUGGUAAAGCACGUACCAUAUGUGAAGGAAGUGGCGAUUCCUAUCCAUCUGGAUCAUCAAUAUAACCAUGGCUGGGCACCAGCACCAGCGCAAUGGUGGUAGUUUUACGUGU